AUGGCUUCUCUGCCGAGGCCUAAAUCACCAGAAACAGACCUGGACAAGGGUCUAAAGGCAUGGACCAAUCAGGUCCUUGCCAAGAGGAGAAGGAACUCUCCCUCAGUUCCCCACUCCUCCAGACCUCCAACUCCGACUCCACCAACACACUGGUGGAAGAAGAGAAGAUCGAGCACUGCCAGCAGUGGGAAGAUGAGCUCAAUGAGGAGCACUGACAGUUGGCCAGAAUUGGCUGACCAAUACAGAACAGAAUGGGAAGAAAAUCCUGAAAAUGACCCCUAUGCCCCAGACCGCUGGGAUGAUGCCAACGAUGAUCAGAAUCAAAGUACCGAUGAAGGAUCAUCAGGUACUAAGGACCGACAACUCCUGCCAACUAGGAAACGAAGAUGGUCCCCAGGCACUGAAUGGAGCAAAGAUCCCAAGGACGAUCUCUAUAUAGUCGACUGGUGGAAAGACACUACCAACAAAGAAGAAAGGGGUCCAGAUGGAUCCCUAUCCAGCGAGUCAAGAAGCAGUGGCAACCUGGCAGACAAUGAGUCCUUUGACUGGACUAUCAAAGCAAGAAUACCACCCUGGCCAACACCCUGGAUCAGCAAUCGAGCCCUUCGAGAAUGCAUUGAAGAGGAAAGGGAGUGGUGGUACAAUGCUAAGACCAUGGGAGUAUGGGACCUACCCACCUGGGGAGUCCCAUACUGGAAGGACUCUGAUGACCCCCAAGGCCUAUAUUGGCCCAAGAGAUGA